AUGGCUUCCCCUGAGAGUUCUGUUAACAAAGACACACAAAACAAAUCUUCUACUUUUUUAAAUUCCAUUGGCACUUUUCAAUUCGUCUUUACUUUAGUUGUGACAACACGUGUCUUUGAUUUUACUUUACCUGUUACUCGGUUACUGCAAUCAAAAACUAUUGAUAUCUUAGACGGUUUGCACCUUAUUACAGCUCUUAAAAAUACAUUUAUUUCCAUCAGAAACGAUAUAGAUAGUUUUCAUAAUAACUGCUAUGAAGCAGCAUGUUUGCUUUCAAGUAAAGCUGAAGUUUUUGUUUUAAAACCAAGAACCUGUUCUAUUCAAAAAAAUCGUUCUAAUGUUCCAUCAGAGUCUGUUUUAGAUUACUUCAAAAGAGCUGUUACUAUCCCUCUUAUAGAUCAUGUAUCUACAUCUAUAUCUACAAGAUUUAAAUCAGAAACUGUAGCUGCAUAUAAAGGGUUAUCAAUUAUUCCAUUUAAUAUUAUUUCUUUUCUUAAAAGACCCAAAACCCAAUUGUGUUGGAGGAAGCAGUUUGAAACAUUCUGUGAUUUUUAUAUAGAUGAUUUCCCUAAUAUCAGUGCCUUGAAUGGGGAACUAGUUCUUUGGGAAAAAUACUGGGAAAGUUUCUCUGGGACUAUUCCUGACAAUAUAUCUUUAACUCUUAAAUCGAUAUCAUUUCCUGGAUUUGAAAAUAUUAAGAUAGCUUUAAGGAUACUUGGGACACUUCCUGUUACUUCAUGUGAGUGUGAGAGGAGUUUUUCUGUUAUGCGUCGGUUAAAAGACUAUAUGAGAACAACAAUGUCAGAAGAUCGACUUAACGGUUUGGCAUUAAUGUAUAUCCAUCAAAAAAUUGUUCCUUGUAUUGAUAAUGUUAUCAAUAGAUUUUCUAUAAAAAAUAGACGACUUGAUUUCAAUGAUUAG